GAGAGAUGGAGAGAGAAAGAUGAAGAGAGGGAGAGACGCAGAGAGAGUGACGGUGAGAGAAAGAAAGAGGAAGGGAAGAGGCCACCCGGCCAGGUCAGUGGAGACACAAGAGCCCCUCUGAUAUGGUGUAAGGGGAUUACAGAUAUUGCCGGCUUCUUGUCAGAGAAAUUAGUGUCAGUUCUCACAGCGAGCAAAGUCCCUCCCCUCGUCCAUGGGGAGAAGGACAAACGGAUAAAGAGAGAGGACUUUGUGUUGUCAGAGCUUCUCCAGAGGUGCAGUCAUCUCAGGAGUUGUGGUGGAUGUCUCUGGAAACGCAAAGGCAUGAAGAAAUAAUGUUUUGCACAUUAACUGUAACGUACAGAGAAAUGCCUAGCCCAUGGCGUUCCGCUAUGUCUCACCAGAUUCUUCUCCCUUGAUUGAAAUGGCAAACGGCCAUCGAUCCUGGCUGUCGAGCUGUCAGGCUGGUGAUAAUGUCAUAAUGUGGGUUUCAGCUAUGCGAACCCUGUACAGCGCCUUUCUCCUGAGGGUGAAUGAGUAGCUUGUGUCUGACCCUAGUCACACACAGAGAGAGAGAGAGAGAGAACCCCACCACUUCCCUCAUAACUCUUAUUCUCUAAAAUCGUCUCUCUCCCCCGAAGCCAUAUAGAUCUAAUUUAAUUUGUCACAUGCUUCGUAGACAACAAGUGUAGAAUAACAGUGAAAUGCUUACGUACAGGUAAUUUUUCAACAAGUUUAAUAUAAGAUAAAACAUUUAAUAAAACAUAUAAAUAGUAACAUGAGGAAUAAAUACACAGUGAAUAAUGAAUAACAAUGACAAGUGGGGGGUUUGAACCCCCACCACCCCCCAUAACGAGAGGGCCCGCCAUGCCACCCAGCCUUCCCGGAAUUAGGGUCUAGUUUAACUUUUUUUUUCACCUCUGUCGGCUGGAGAGACGGCGAACCUCUGUCUCGGGCGAGGCAGAAUAGAGCCCCAUUGAAAGGAAAAUGCAAAUGGAGAGUAGUUAGCGGAGGCCUCAACUGAAGCGCCACUCUGCUGCCUCUGGUAAAGCGGCCCUCUGUGCUGUGCCACCCACAGACACGUAGUUAUCACUGUCUCGAUUCAGUGCACAGCUGAUUGAGAAGGUGGGGGGGUCAAGAGUUUUUUUUUUUCUAGGAAGGGGGCAGGGGGUGCCAUGCCAGUACAGCAGCAGGCAGCCACAGUGUUGCCUUUAAGGUACAGUUGAAGUCGGAAGUUUACAUACACUUAGGUUGGAGUCAUUAAAACUCGUUUUCGAACCACUCCACAAAUUUCUUGUUAACAAACUAUAGUUUUGGCAAGUCGGUUAGGACAUCUACUUUGUGCAUGACACAAGUAAUUUUUCCAACAAUUGUUUACAGACAGAUUAUUUCACUUAUAAUUCCCUGUAUCACAAUUCCAGUGGGUCAGAAGUUUACAUGCACUAAGUUGACUGUGCCUUUAAACAGCUUGGUAAAUUCCAGAAAAUGAUGUCAUGGUUUUAGAAGCUUCUGAUAGGCUAAUUGACAUCAUUUGAGUCAAUUGGAGGUGUACCUGUGGAUGUAUUUCAAGGCCUACCUUCAAACUCAGUGCCUCUUUGCUUGACAUCAUGGGAAAAUCAAAAGAAAUCAGCCAAGGCCUCAGAAAAAAAUUUGUAUACCUCAACAAGUCUGGUUCAUCCUUGGGAACAAUUUCCAAACGCCUGAAGGUACCACGUUCAUCUGUACAAACAAUAGUACGCAAGUAUAAACACCAUGGGACCACGUAGCCGUCAUACCGUUCAGGAAGGAGACAUGUUCUGUCUCCUAGAGAUUAACGUACUUUGGUGCGAAAAGUGCAAAUCAAUCCCAGCACAACAGCAAAGGCCCUUGUGAAGAUGCUGGAGGAAACAGGUACAAAAGUAUCUAUAUCCAGAGUAAAAUGAGUCAUAUAUUGACAUAAUCUGAAAGGCCGCUCAGCAAGGAAGAAGCCUCUUCUCCAAAACCGGCAUUAAAAAGCCAGACUACGGUUUGCAACUGCACAUGGGGACAAAGAUCAUACUUUUUGGAGCAAUGUCCUCUGGUCUGAUGAAACAAAAAUAUAACUGUUUGGCCAUAAUGACCAUCGUUAUGUUUGGAGGAAAAGGGGGGAAGCUUGCAAGCCGAAGAACACCAUCCCAACUGUGAUGCACGGGGGUGGCAACAUCAUGCUGUGGGGGUGCUUUGCUGCAGGAGGGACUGGUGCACUUCACAAAAUAGAUGGCAUCAUGAGGAAGGAAAAUUAUGUGGAUAUAUUGAAGCAACAUCUCAAGACAUCAGUCAGGAAGUUAAAGCUUGGUCGCAAAUGGUUCUUCCAAAUGGACAAUGGCCCCAAGCAUACUUCCAAAGUUGUGGCCAAAUGGCUUAAGGACAACAAAGUAAAGGUAUUGGAGUGGCCAUCACAAAGCCCUGACCUCAAUCCUAUAGAAAAUUUGUGGGCAGUACUGAAAAGCGUGUGCGAGCAAGGAGGCCUACAAACCUGACUCAGUUACACCAGCUCUGUCAGGAGGAAUGGGCCAACAUUCACCCAACUUAUUGUGGGAAGCUUGUGGAAGGCUACCUGAAAUGUUUGACCCAAGUUAAACAAUUUAAAAGCAAUGCUACCAAAUACUAAUUGAGUGUAUGUAAACUUCUGACCCACUGGGAUGUGAUGAAAGAAAUAAAAGCUGAAAUAAAUCAUUCUCUUGACUAUUAUUCUGACAUUUCACAUUCUUAAUAAAAUGGUGAUCCUAACUGACCUAAGACAGGGAAUUUUUACUAGGAGUAAAUGUCAGGAAUUGUGAAAAACUGAUUUUAAAUGUAUUUGGCUAAGGUGUAUGUAAACUUCAGACUUCAACUGUACAUGUUUUUCCCUCCUCACCAAGGCCUCGUCGAGGGCAGCAGUGUCAUUCUGUUGCUGGUUUUGGUAAUGUAGCAAAAUGCUAUAGCUACUGCAGGGAUCAUACAGUGUAGUAGUAGUCUCUUCCAGCUGUGGGAAGAGACUAACUAGGCUAGUUUAUUAUUGAGAUUCUUGAGAGAAACGACUUUGGCUCCAUUUGACUACCCCAAUAUGAUGACAAGGGAAAAGUGCCAUGAUUGAAUGACUUGCCAUGAAUCGAUCACAACAUGCAUGUGAAACCCCCAAUUUCUCGGGGUUAAAGACUUUGGAUUCACAUGGACAAUUAAUAGGCGUAAUUAGUUAACCCAUUUAGGCCUGGCCCCUUGGAGGCUAAGUGAGCAUAAUCUUAAUCUGUUCAUGAAAUUAGAGGCAUUCAUCUCCGUCCCCCUGGGAUUAAUCUAAUGUACACUACCGUUCAAAGGUUUGGGGUCACUUAGAAAUGUCCUUGUUUUUGAAAGAAAAGCAAUUUUUUUAGUCCAUUUAAAAUAACAUAAAAUUGAUCAGAAUACAGUGUAGACAUUGUUAAUGUUGUAAAUGGCUGUUGUAGCUGGAAACGGCUGAUUUUUAAUGGAAUAUCUACAUAGGCAUACAGAGGCCCAUUAUCAGCAACCAUCAGUCCUGUGUUCCAAUGGCAUGUUGUGUUUGCUAAUCCAAGUUUAUCAUUUUAAAAGACUAUUUUAUAAUUAGAAAGCCCCUUGCAAUUAUGUUAGCACAGCUGAAAACUGUUGUGCUGAUUUAAAGAAGCAAUAAAACUGGCCUUCUUGAGACUAGUUGAGUAUCUGGACAUCAGCAAUUGUGUGUUCGAUUACAGGCUCAAAAUGGCCAGAAACCAAUAACUUUCUUCUGAACCUCGUCAGUCUAUUCUUGUUCUGAGAAAUGAAGGCUAUUCCAUGCGAGAAAUUGCCAAGAAACUGAAGAUCUCGUACAACGCUGUGUACUACUCCCUUCACAGAACAGCGCAAACUGGCUCUAUCCAGAAUAGAAAGAGGAGUGGGAGGCCCGGGUGCACAACUGAGCAAGAGGACAAAUGCAUUAGUGUGUCUAGUUUGAGAAACAGGCGCCUCACAGGUACUCAACUGGCAGCUUCAUUAAAUAGUACCCCGCAAAACACCAGUCUCAACGUCAACAGUGAAGAGGCGACUCCGGGAUGCUGACCUUCUAGGCAGAGUUGCAACGAAAAAGCCAUAUCUCAGACUGCCCAUCUUAAUCUUUUCUUUUUAUUGGCCAGUCUGAGAUAUGGCUUUUUCUUUGCAACUCUGCCUAGAAGGUCAGCAUCUCGGCGUCGCCUCUUCACUGUUGCUUGGGGUCUAAGUGACCCCAAACCUUUGAACGGUAGUGUACAUGGGCUGUUCAUAGAAACUCAUUUGGGUAGGGAUGGGUAGGGAAGGGCGACCUCUAACUGGGUAGAAAAAGGAUGGUUUAGUCUCCCUAGAGCAAGGAUUUUAAAAGUGGGUGGCAAGAAGGCCUGGUCCUGUGGUUAAGUAUGUAAAAAGGGGCCAGCAUUUAGUAGUAGUAUACUCCCGGCCUCAUUGUCAUUGCUUUUCAAACCCCUAAGAGAUAAUUAUCUUCUUAACCCUAUUAUAUUAUUAGGCCUAGUAUCACAAGUUAGCUAGAUGCAUAGAUCCUUGACUUUGUGCUGUAAUUUUGAAACAGACCCAGCUAGCAGAAGGGAUACGCUGUGUCAUUACAUCUGAACGAUGUAGCGUCUGAAAGGGGUUUAUUUAACGGGGUAAUCAUGUGCCUCAGAUUUCAAAAGCCCCUUUUCAUAAAUGCGUGCUCCGAGGCUCCGUCAGUGUGGGUGGUUAAGACAACGGGGCUUCUCUCUAUUCCCCCCCCCCCCCGGGCAAGAUAACAUCUGACUCGAGCUCUAAUGACAGUCUCUCGCUCAGUGUUUCAUCAUCUGAGACAGGCAGCUUUUUAGCACUGUCAUUGUUACAUGAGGUAUGCUCCGGGGCGCUCUGCUCAGAGAGGGGAGCCAGCCAGAAACGCUUCUCUCGUCAUCUCUUAUCUGCAGAGUCAGUGGCACGACUCCCUCUGAACAGACCGACCCUGCUUGCGUCAUCUCACGUGUCCCUACUGCAUAAGUGUUCUAGCCAGCAUCACUGUGAUGUCGUGAGCCAAUGGGCUGUUAGUUAAUUAGUACCUGACUGAAAAGGACCCUGUGAUUAUCAUUUAAUACCGCUUGUUAAAAUGUACACCGCUCCUUCAAUGCUAAUAAGCAGAAGUAAAGUCAUGUAGGGGGAGAGCAUAUUAACCGCUGUGCUCAACACUUAUGAUUAUAACCCCCAAUGUUUGAUAAAUUCCUAAUGUGUCAAAUGAAACGCUCUCCCCAAGUGGUUUUUAUGGCUGCUUAACUCCUCCCUCAAAUGGUGAGUAACGAUGCUCAAAACUGGCACUGAAUGCGUUGAAUCAAUCACGACACUGGCAGCAAAUUGUCACCAAGAAAGCAUUGUUGUCAUCUGGCUUGUUUCUAACCAAGCAACCCAGGUUUUUCUGUGUUUUUUUUCCUGACCACAUGAAAUAGGCUAUAACUAGGGUCUGGGGUUUGGUCCAGGUGGUCAGAAAAAAAAAAGAAACCCUGGCCUUACUCAAGCAUGUGAUAGAACCGUGACCCCUGACAAUCUAAUGCCCUUCAAGCCAUCCUCACAGUCACAGGGAAGGCAUCCAAAGCUCAGCCUCUGCAGCACCGCAUCCCCAUCACUCUUGCCCUCCCAGCAGUCGCCAUGGAGUCUGUCUGCCCAGAGCGGCGUCAGUGAGAGAGGCUCUGAUUGGUUUUGACACCUCUCAGGCUCUUGGCUGCAAGGUGCAGCGAUAACAUUAUUCUUUGGCUGGGGAUGAAGUGGAGCGGAGGAGGGAUAUCGAUAGCACUAUUAUGCGCCAGUGGAGAAACUGAGCGGGAGUACAGUGCAACACUGGCACGAACCAGCUGGAGAAAUUGAAGGGGGGAGUGCUGCCCUGUGGCACCCCAUCUGACUGGCGACUUGAAUUCCCCCACACUGAUCCAAGACCUCUGUGCCCCUCCACAAGGGAAAAUGACCAUAUCCUGAAAUAUGAGUUAUUUGAAGGAUAGUGCAUGAUUGCAUUCCUUUUAUAUGAGGCCUAUGCUUUAACCACCGAAGCAGAAAAAUAGCUCUGCAUUAGUCCCAUGAUGAUAGAGAACUGUCAGUGUUUGUUUUUAACAGUGUAGACUACUUUGCCCCAGACUUGUCUUAGAGAUUAUUGUAUGAUGGGUUUAGUACUUAUAAUCAUAUUAUAUCUAGCUAUAGCUUUGUUGGGCUCAGCUCGGUCCUAAGUUGGCCUUCUAUGCCUAACUUCAUAUCUAAAAUCAAAUCAAUGCGAAUGCCUGCUCUAAGUUUGAUGCUCCCACUGGUGCUUUUGAAUCACAGUGGGGUAAAAAACAACAAGCACUUUUCAUCAGGUUUCUCAUUUAGUAUCGGGCUGACAACACCCGGCUGAGCAGCGUGAUUACACGUUAUUUGCUUUGCGGACCCCCCGGGGUCCAAUAACCCCUCCUUGAUUAAAGGUCCGCUCACGUUCGUGACCGGAACAAUAAGCUGGAUGUUGAAACGGGGGAACCGUAAAGCGUGGUUCGGAUUUACAACCACCCUUAUAGGAUUGAUGUUGACAUGUGAUGUCAAUAAAAAUAUUCAGUCAUCAAGAAUGUGGUCCAGUUAAUCUUCUCUGGCAUGUUGCCUUGGCUAAAAGCAGGGGCGUCAUGCACCCAUUAUUUUAGAGUGGGCACGAAGUACAUGAGGAUGGAGGGGGGAUGGUCCCCCUUUCGGGAAUUUGGAAACAUCUUUCUCCCUUCCUCAAAAUACCGCUGACAGAUAUUUUUAUAAAUAAUGAUGAUACAACGUGGGCUUAAAAAGUUUAGUAAUUUAUUUAACGUCAGAAUUUCUUUUGGUGCCCCCUAUGGACAUGACACCACUGGCUAGACGGUGGUAUGUUAUACAGAUCCCUUCGGCCUUCAUUGGUGAAUGUUUAGCGGCUCACUCCAAUCCAAAAAUAAUCACAAUCAAAACACGUCAAAGGUCAUCAUUAGGCUCAUCCUAACAUUCACUGCAAACCUUAAAAUAUUGUUGUUUGCAUACUGCAGUAGUAACCACAGUGGAACUAUUUUGGAGGGCAGAGCUAGCUAGGCAGCGUGUGCAUGGAAGUGGCUGGCUGUAUGCUGGUUUGUCAGUGGACUGGUAGGGAGAAUGUCCUAUUUCAGAAUGGACCCGUGACUGGGGAGCUGACGCUCUGCUAAUUAGGUCACUGCGCUCUCACUACUCUGCCCUUACUACCUGGUGGUGUGGAGCUGAGGCAUUUCAACAGCAGGAGAUAGAUACCGGAUGCUUCAGAUGUAUACAGCCAGAUGUUUCACCGGAUGUACAGUGAGGGAAAAAAGUAUUUGAUCACCUGCUGAUUUUGUACGUUUGCCCACUGACACAGAUAUUAUCAGUCUAUAAUUUUAAUGGUAGGUUUAUUUGAACAGUGAGAGACAGAAUAACAACAAAAAAAUCCAGAAAAACGCAUGUCAAAAAUGUUAUAAAUUGAUUUGCAUUUUAAUGAGGGAAAUAAGUAUUUGACCCCUCUGCAAAACGUGACUUAGUACUUGGUGGCAAAACCCUUGUUGGCAAUCACAGAGGUCAGACGUUUCUUGUAGUUGGCCACCAAGUUUGCACACAUCUCAUGAGGGAUUUUGUCUGAGUCCUCUUUGCAGAUCUUCUCCAAGUCAUUAAGGUUUCGAGGCUGACGUUUGGCAACUCGAACCUUCAGCUCCCUCCACAGAUUUUCUAUGGGAUUAAGGUCUGGAGACUGGCUAGGCCACUCCAGGACCUUAAUGUGCUUUUUCUUGAGCCACUCCUUUGUUGCCUUGGCCGUGUGUUUUGGGUCAUUGUCAUGCUGGAAUACCCAUCCAAGACCCAUUUUCAAUGCCCUGGCUGAGGGAAGGAGGUUCUCACCCAAGAUUUUACAGUACAUGGCCCCGUCCAUCGUCCUUUUGAUGCGGUGAAGUUGUCCUGUCCCCUUAGCAGAAAAACACACCCAAAGCGUUUCCAUCUCCAUGUUUGACGGUGGGAAUGGUGUUCUUGGGGUCAUAGGCAGCAUUCCUCCUCCUCCAAACACGGCGAGUUGAGUUGAUGCCAAAGAGCUCCAUUUUGGUCUCAUCUGACCACAACACUUUCACCCAGUUCUCCUCUGAAUCAUUCAGAUGUUCAUUGGCAAACUUCAGACGGGCAUGUAUAUGUUCUUUCUUGAGCAGGGGGACCUUGCGGGCGCUGCAGGAUUUCAGUCCUUCACGGCGUAGUGUGUUACCAAUUGUUUUCUUGGUGACUAUGGUCCCAGCUGCCUUGAGAUCAUUGACAAGAUCCUCCCGUGUAGUUCUGGGCUGAUUCCUCACCGUUCUCAUGAUCAUUGCAACUCCACGAGGUGAGAUCUUGCAUGGAGCCCCAGGCCGAGGGAGAUUGACAGUUAUUUUGUGUUUCUUCCAUUUGCAAAUAAUCGCACCAACUGUUGUCACCUUCUCACCAACCUGCUUGGCGAUGGUCUUGUAGCCCAUUCCAGCCUUGUGUAGGUCUACAAUCUUGUCCCUGACAUCCUUGGAGAGCUCUUUGGUCUUGGCCAUGGUGGAGAGUUUGGAAUCUGAUUGAUUGAUUGCUUCUGUGGACAGGUGUUUUUUAUACAGGUAACAAACUGAGAUUAGGAGCACUCCCUUUAAGAGUGUGCUCCUAAUCUCAGCUCACCUGUAUAAAAGACACCUGGGAGCCAGAAAUCUUUCUGAUUGAGAGGGGGUCAAAUACUUAUUUCCCUCAUUAAAAUGCAAAUCAAUAUUUUUGACGUGCGUUUUUCUGGAUUUUUUUGUGGUCUCUCACUGUUCAAAUAAACCUACCAUUAAAAUUAUAGACUGCUCAUUUCUUUGUCAGUGGGAAAACGUACAAAAUCAGCAGGGGAUCAAAUACUUUUUUCCCUCACUGUACAUCCGGUGAAACAUCUGGCUCCUUGUUCUAUCUGUGGCGUCGUUAUCUUGCUAACAGACGUUGAAGCCAAGCCACACAUUGUACGGUUUUAAAGAUCCUUUAUUGAAGCAGCUAGCUAACGAGCGCAAACCUCUGAGCUAGCUACGCACAGCCCCGCCCGGCCGCUGAGGCCAAUAUGCACCAAACUCCCCAUCACUUGAUAUUUUAUAUUUAUUAGGAUCCCCCAUUAGUCGCUGCAAAAGCAUCAGCUGUGAAUAUCAAUGUUGCCCCUCAGUAUUCAAUGUAUUGAAGACUGUCUGCAUAUACCUAACCUCUGACCUGUCUUUAGGGUUUAUUCAUAAUCUACUGCUUUAGUUUAGCUGCGCUCCUCUCGGUUUCCUUUAGGCAGGUUCUGUAUUUCUGUAGUGACAACCCGAUCAGGGUCUUUAACUUGUGUUAAUGUAUUUUUUUUAAUUGUAUUUUUUCAGGGCCGAUGCACACGAGAGAACUGCAAAUACCUCCACCCACCGGCCCACCUGAAGACCCAGCUGGAGAUCAACGGCCGCAACAACCUCAUACAACAGAAGACAGCAGCAGCCAUGUUGGCUCAACAGAUGCCAUUCAUGUUCCCUGGCACGACCAUGCAGCCUACCAUGGUGAGUAACGGACUACUAGGCGACUAGCAGACUUCCUUGGCUCAGCGGGGAUGGUGAAAGUAAAGUGCAAUGUGUCCAAUUGUUUAUUUCUCUCUCUCUCUACCUCUCUCUCUACCUCUCCCCUUUCGGUGUCUCUCCCUUUCUCUCUUCCUCCAUCCAACCCCUUCUCUCUCUGCCUUUCUCUCUCCCCCUGCUGUCUCUCUCUCUCCCCCUGCUGUCUCUCUCUCUCCCCCUGCUGUCUCUCUCUCUCCCCCUGCUGUCUCUCUCUCACCUCUUUAACAUUUCUAUCCCUCUCUGUCUCCCUUCUUCCCCCCACCUCGCCCCCUAUUCCUCGGUAGCAGUCGUUUCCUAUUAGCCAGGGCCUGGGCUCCAACCCAGGGCUGAGCUACGCUCCCUACCUGACCCACAUGACCCACAGCAUGGGCAUGAUGCCCACUGAGAUGCUCCAGCCCAGCACCCAGAGCAUCAUUGUCCCCGGCAGCCCUCCCUGCUCCAUGCAGAGCUCCUCCUCCAACCAGAAGCUGCUACGCACGGACAAGCUGGAGGUACACCACCACUAACCAAUAAGAAUACCAGAAGUCGUAGUAUAUCGUAGUAUAUUAGCAGUUAGGAGACAUCAUAAACUAACCAAUUACAAUACCAGGAGUUAGGAGAGCCGGCCUCUGGGCAUCACAAAGUAACCAGUCACAAUAAGAGGAAUCAAGAGUUUGCAUUACGAGGAGUUGGGAAAGCCAGCCUCUCCAUGGACAUCACAAACUAACCAAUCACAAUUAUUCUCUUAUGACACCAUCCUUACACACCUAGGUUGAGGUAAAGUUACCCCUUAUCACAGAUCUUAUUUUACCUAGUCCUAACCUCACCAAUCAGAGAUAUAAAUCAUAUAUUUUACAUACUCCCUUUCCACACCUUUCACACCUUUACUUUGAAAGAAUACCUAACUUUAAGAACUUGUGCGCUGGCCAACAGAAUUCUAUACCUCACCGUUGAUUACAUCUACUUAAGAUAGAUGAGGUUAUUUCAAUGGGGGUUUUGUUUAUACCACAACAAAGCAGCUAGACCGUUUUGUGUUAAUGAAAACAAAGAAUAGCCUUGGAAGGAUGGUAAGCACAGACAGACCUGGGAGUGUAGGUGUGUUGUGUGUUUUUCUCAAAGUACCGUCACUUAGCAACAGAGCGAUGUGGUUGCUAAUGAGAGGCCGUGUUCCACUGAGGAAUGGAGACACUCCCACACUAAGUGAGACUGUUUACCGCCUUCUGCGCGUGUGUGUGGAGGGUGUGUGUGUGUUCUCUCCAUGCUUUGUGUGUGUAUCUGUCUUUGCGUGUGUGUUUGUUUCAGUGUGUGUUUGCGUGCACGUAUGCGUACGUGUUCUCCCCACGCUUAGUGAGUGUGCGGUGUUAUGUUUUACAUCCCAGGCUGUGAGUGAAGCCCCCUGUGAUUGACUACGCCCAGGCUCUGAAUAGAUAAACACCUCAGUCUGUACAUUUUUCAGUCCAUAGUUAUAAACAUAAUGAUAAGUUGUUGAUAUGUUAUUGGUAUGUGUUAUUAUGUUGUAUGAGAUAUGUGGAUUAUACUUGAGAAUAGUGUUAGAAGUAAGCUAAUAUUGUUGUGUGUGUGUGACUGUGCGUGUGUCUGUCCAUGUACGUGUGCAUGUCUGUUUGUCCGUGUGCACCCCACCCUCCUUCACAGGUGUGCCGGGAGUUCCAGCGGGGCAACUGCGCGCGUGGCGAGACGGACUGCCGCUUCGCUCACCCCAGCGACAGCCCUAUGAUUGACACCAGCGACAACACGGUGACCGUGUGCAUGGACUACAUCAAGUCACGCUGCUCCAGGGAGAAGUGCAAGUACUUCCACCCUCCGGCCCACCUGCAGGCCAAGAUCAAGGCUGCGCAGCACCAGGCCAACCAGACGGCUGUGGCCGUGCAAGCCGCUGCCAUGGUGAGACCCUCCACUGCCCUCACAGCCUCUAGUGUAGAGUUAGUAGUACCUCACAGCACACACAAAUCUGUUGUAAAAAUCUGCUAACUUUUCCAAAUUCCCUGUUUUUCCAGAAAUCCUGGUUGAAAUAUUCCUGAAAUCAGGAGGGAAUCCAGGAAUCCUUGAACCGUGAUUUCUGGAAAACCUGGGACUUUUGGGAAAAUUAGAAGACUUUUGUAGCCCCAGCAAUGUUAGACAGCACACCUGACAAAGGGUCAGAUCAUGUGGAAAUACACUCUAUAUUUGCAUAUUAUUUCUAAUGUUUAUAAUAUGUAAUCCACUAUAGACGACUAGUUUGGUAAAGUGUACACACUUAAAUCUUAAAUAUUCUACUUUACACAUCUAAAAAAGAACACAAGGACAUAAAAUGUGGAGCACUGCUUUAUUAUUCCAUACAGUUGAUAUACCACCUUCCUAGAAUACUAUUAUGGACGCUUCUACACAAUUCACGGAAAUGUGACCACUGAACCCAUACUCAGGACAUUGUAAGGCUCUAUAGUUUUCAGGCUUUAGAAAAGGUAAAGCGACUGUAUAACACGACCACAACAGUCUAAGGCUGCGUCCCAAAUGGCAACCUAUUCCCUACAUAGUGCACUACUUUUGACCAGAGCCCUCUGUUCAAAAGUAGUGCACUAAAUAGGGAAUAGGGUACCAUUUGGGACGCUGUCUAUUAUUAGCUUCAGGCUAGGAGCUCUUUUAUUCCAAUGCCCUUGAUCAUACAUACAAAGACAAUGACCCGCCCUCCUCUCAAUGAUAAGUGUAGCUCUCUGAAGAUCAGUACAAAUUGAAUCAAGAGACGGAUGACAAAGCGAGGCUAAACUGACAUUACGGCUCUGGUUGGUCAUUGGUCCACUCCCUCAUUAUUGGACCCUUCGCUGAGGCAGGCAAGGAGACGGGCAGGCAGGCAAGGAGACGGGCAGGCAGGCAAGGAGACGGCAGGCAGGCAGGAGCAGGCAGGAGCAGGUUUUGGCAGUAGUACUUUCACUUGGCUGUGACCCUCCCUCCCCACUCUAUACUCCGUGUCCACAUUGGUCCGAGUCAGUGGCUGUUGAAUGGGCGAACUUGGCUCUGUCUUGCUCGCUGCCACUCACAUUGUGCCGUCACUGCUCUCGCGCUGCUGUCUGAUUCCAUGGCAUCGUCCGGCAUGCUUUUCAUCUCAUCAGCUUGCUCCUCCAUCGCUGCUUGCUCUCUAAAACCCCAACCGCACCUCCACUGACACUGGGUGAAAAUAUGACUCGAGUACAGUUAAGGUUUAAAAGGAAAAGGACAAAAACAAUAGGAAAACACACGUCAUCCAGUGUUGAAGACAUGAUUAUGAGUUUAUGACAACUUGCGCUCUGUUUCCUUAAGCUGGUGUGACCUGUGAUAAGAUAUUAGGGCGACAGGGUUAAUGGUUUACCGGAGGACAGAGAGCUUUUUAGUCAGCUCUAUGGGAGCAUUUCCCCACUGCAAUUCUCUCAAAAUGUACCAUGUACUAUAAAGCCAUUACAAUGUAUUGGCACAAGGUACAGUAAGUUAAAUACUGUUUUAGUUUUUUUUAAAGGAGAACUUACAUAUAUUUAUAAAUGUUAUGACAGGAUAGGAGCAAGAACCGAAAUCCCUGCCGCAGGGGGAAGCAUAUGGUUCCGGAAACUCGACCAGACUCUUGUCCUAAGUUAGAUACAGUUACGGGCGCUGAAAAGUUGGACCACAGUACAGUUUUUUGUGACAAACUAUCUAAAGGAGCCCAAGUGCCAUGUUGCUCAUGCAUUGUGUAACUUUUUAGUGCCCGCAACUGUACCAACAAUAAAUGUAUCAUGAGCUUACAUUCCCCAAAGAUUUGGUCAUCUGGAAAUAUGCCCCAGACAGAACCAAGUUUAUAGUACAUAAGAUUAUAAACAACGGGUACAGGUGGUUAGAUCCUGGUAUGUGUGGAGUUUUAGGAUAUACAGUUGAAGUCUACAUACACCUUAACCAAAAACAUUUAAACUCAGUUUUUCACAAUUCCUGACAUUUAAUCCUAGUAAAAAUUCCCUGUUUUAGGUCAGUUAGGAUCACCACUUCAUUUUAAGAAUGUGAAAUGUCAGAAUAAUAGUCGAGAGAAUGAUUUAUUUCAGCUUUUAUUUAUUUCAUCACAUUCCCAGUGGGUCAGAAGUUUACAUACACUCAAUUAGUAUUUGGUAGCAUUGCCUUUAAAUUGUUUUACUUGGGUCAAAUCGGGUAUUCUUCCACAAGCUUCCCACAAUAAGUUGGGUGAAUUUUGGCCCAUUCCUCCUGACAGAGCUGGUGUAACUGAGUCAGGUUUGUAGGCCUCCUUGCUCACACAUGCUUUUUCAGUUCUGCCCACAACUUUUCUAUAGGAUUGAGGUCAGGGCUUUGUGAUGGCCACUCCAAUAUCUUGAAUUUGUUGUCCUUAAGCCAUUUUGCUUGAGGUCAUUGUCUAUUUGGAAGACCCAUUUGCGACCAAGCUUUAACUUCCUGACUGAUGUCUUGAGAUGUUGCUUCAAUAUAUCCACAUAAUUUUCCUUCCUCAUGAUGCCAUCUAUUUUGUGAAGUGCACCAGUCCCUCCUGCAGCAAAGCACCCCCACAGCAUGAUGCUGCCACCCCCGUGCUUCACGGUUGGGAUUGUGUUCUUCGGCUUGCAAGCUGCCCCCCUUUUCCUCCAAACAUAACGAUGGUCAUGAUGGCCAAACAGUUAUAUUUUUGUUUAAUCAGACCAGAGGACAUUUCUCCAAAAGGUAUGAUCUUUGUCCCCAUGUGCAGUUGCAAACCGUAGUCUGGCUUUUUUGGGCGGUUUUGGAGCAGUGGCUUCUUCCUUGCUGAGCGGCCUUUCGGGUUAUGUCGAUAUAGGACUCGUUUUACUGUAGAUAUAGAUACUUUUGUACCUGUUUCUUCCAGCAUCUUCACAAGGUGCUUUUGCUGUUAUUCUGGGAUUGAUUUGUACUUUUCGCACCAAAGUACGUUCAUCUCAAGGAGACAGAACACGACUCCUUCCUGAGCGGUAUGACGGCUGCAUGGUCCCAUGGUGUUUAUACUUGCGUAUAUUGUUUGUACAGAUGAAUGUGGUACCUUCAGGCGUUUGAAAAUUGCUCCCAAGGAUGAACCAGACUUGUGGAGGUCUUCACAUUUUUUUUCUGAGGUCUUGGCUGAUUUAUUUUGAUUUUCCCAUGAUGUCAAGCAAAGAGGCACUGAGUUUGAAGGCAGGCCUUGAAAUACAUCCACAGGUACACCUCCAAUUGACUCAAAUGAUGUCAAUUAGCCUAUCAGAAGCUUCUAAAGCCAUGACAUAAUUUUCUGGAAUUUUCCAAGCUGUUUAAAGGCACAGUCAACUUAGUGUAUGUCAACUUCUGACCCACUGGAAUUGUGAUUCAGUGAAUUAUAAGUGAAAUUAUCUGUCUGUAAACAAUUGUUGGAAAAAUUACUUGUCAUGCACAAAGUAGAUGUCCUAACCGACUUGUCAAAACUAUAGUUUGUUAACAAGAAAUUUGUGGAGUGGUUGAAAAACGAGUUUUAAUGACUCCAACCAAAGUGUAUGUAAACUUCCGACUUCAACUGUACAGUUACACUGAGGUGUAAUUUGAUUUCAUUUUGCUCCAUCGUGUCGCAAGUUGAAUGGUGUCAUCUUUGCUUGCCCCCCCCCCCCCCCCCCCCCUUGAUUAAAACAGAAUAUUUCUACCCCCUCCUCCAUUCGCUUCCAUUAACCAUAACAUUUCAGUCUGAAUCUAACACUGAAUCUGAGGUGUAUUCAUUUGGAAUGAACGAUAACACUUUAUAAAAUACCUAGUACCUUUAUAAAAGGUACCUUAAUGUAAAGUGUUACCGAAUAAACGUAGUAUUAUCCUACACGUAAAGCAAAGGCUUGUGCAUGGCCUAGUAAUCAUAAGUGCCUUGGUUGUCCCAUCAAUGUUUGCUGUUUCCUUUGUGCAAUGUCAUCGAUUGGUUUCAUUCAGAAGGCUUGCUAACAAACUCUUUUCAAACGUCAUUUAAAAAAAUCUUCUUUGAAUGUUAUUUCGUUGAGCAAAUAUCAAUUUUUUUGCUGUAGAAUCCAAGAGGAAAUGUAGAAAACUUUUCGAAUAACUAAUAUUGUUACAAUUCACAUUUUGACUUUCACCUCUCCAAAGUUGCCCAUUAACCACACACUAACAAGUUACACAUUUGGGUUCACUCAUGUAUUAGUGCAGUUAUGGAAAGAAAACCAAUAGUUUUGCUUUUACCACCUAAAUCAGAAUGUUUUAUCCCAUGACAGAAAUGGAUGUGACCGUCUGCCAAAACAUUCUCCUGUCUACCAUUGUCUGCCAUAGGGCAUCUUCUAUGAAAGCAUUGGUCAUAAUGGUCUCCAUAAAAUGUGCGUUGGUUCCAAAUUGCACUGCUUUUAUUGUAAAAGCUAAUCAUUCCAAUCAACAAGACCUGUGGUCCUUCAUUGUCCAAUCAAAAAUACUUUUGAUCCUCCAUUGUCCAUUGAUCAUAAACUCUCACUUGCUGAGAACAUCUAGUCCCUAUUAGCCCAUUCCCUUAGCCCCUUGUCUUGUUUUUGUUUUCUCAGAUCUAAAAGGACUGGAUAAGUUUUAAGUGAUGGUUCCAUCCUAGCCCUCUAAUAUGUUUCCUAUUGCUUUCACCUAUCCAGUCCUUUCAGCUCUUUGAACACAAUAGUAAGGGCUAGAGCAAAGAACUAGUGUUUUUCUGUGAGAAAUGUAUGUUGCCCUCACAGCCUAUUCUGUCAUGGUGGCCAGUCACACCAAAGCACCAACAAAGACAACAAUAUUCCAUACAGCAGAUAGUGUACAAGUGUGUAUACAGAAGAGGCCGAAUCCUACCUUUUUAGAUCUGCGAACAUAACUCAAACGUUCACGUAAAUCACAAUGUCAAAUUUAUGCGAAAUGUUGACUUGUGCGCACAGAUCUCAAGUUACGAUUCGGCCCAACUGAAUGUCAAUUGUGUUUAUAUCAAUAAUACCCCAAGAUAUUUUGAUACAUUGAUUGAUUAGAUAACUGAUUUACUUGUAAAGAAGUAGCUAGCUUUACAGAACGAAUAACUGCUAUGCAAAUAGUUUGUUUACUUCAUAAGUACAUUUGAAAAUCUUUGUAUGUCUUUAGCUUUUUAACUGUAGGUAUAGUAGAUGUUUUUUUGCUUUCGUACUAAUUCAGAUCUUAAGCAAUAUGUUUCUUUAAACAAACAACAACAAACUAUUUUUUGUUUAUGUGCAUGCCUAUUGUUUUGUACGUGGUAUACUGCAUUCAGAUUAUUUUGUUUUGUUUUUCCUUCUCACCUAUCCACAAUGCAAUGCUGUCCCCCAUGACGCACCUCUGCUUGCUGUUACCUGUAUGUUAAUACGCUUGACUCCCAUUGGCCCACUGACAUCAUGUGCUCGCUGCCUGCUAUUUAAAGACUCAGUCGACUGCCAAAGCAAUGAAGCGACCCCUCGAGGCAACUGUAGAACUGGUACUUUGACCUUUCACCUUUUGCUUUGCAUGUAGCUUCUUUAAUGUACUGUAGCAACUCACAAUAAUUUUAAUUUGGCUUUUUGCUUUUUUAAACACCCAAAUAUUUGUAUUAUGCAAUUAAUAUCCACCAAUAUGAUUCUUGUAGUUAUUCUUUUAGUAUGAUUUAUAUUGAUUGAUCGUAUAACAACAAUGAUAAUGUUAAUUCCCAAGUAUCACUUUGUGUUUGUUACUGUGCUGUAAAUUAUUAUUUUAUAAGUGCCUUGCUAGAUAUCGUGUGUAGUUCCUUCAUUGUCCCCAUGUGGUUAUUUAAACCUAAGUUGCCAUUGUGACUUUUUUGUCGUAACUCUGUCGUAACUUUGUGCUGUUUUGUAGCUAGUAGCCACAAAAGACCCAGAGCAGCAGUGUGAUUUCUUGUGUUAUAGAAUCGAGAAUAGUCAUGUGAAUGUAGUCAUUUUUGAGGCCUCCGCCUCAUAUCUAACGUCUCCUCGUCCCUCCCGUACAGGCGUUCCCCCACGGUUGCCUGCAGCCCCUACCAAAGAGACCAGCACUUGAGAAGAGCAACGGGGCCAGCUCGCUCUUUCACCCCAGUAUGUUGCACUACCAGCAGGCCUUGGCCAACGCACAGCUGCAGCAGCAGACAGCUUUCUGUGGCUUUCCCACAGGUAGGGGGUACACCCGCCUGCCCUGCAACACACACACACACAGAUGCACAUGUUCAUACACAUGCACACAGACACACAUGUAGCAUGUAGACACACACACACACACACCCCUAUACACAUUUAUGUACACACACACACGUUUGUACACACUCUUGUACACAGAUACACAGACAUGUAGCAUGUAGACACACGCUGGAUAGAGCUUCCCUAACUUUCCGUUUCCCCAUAAAAGCAUCAAAGUGCAAAGUUCAAGUAUAAAACCCUUAAAAGGUUUCACCAGGUGAGCUAGUGAGGAAAUAGGAUAUCCCCCAUAUCUUCUCCUAAAGUUUGAGGCCAGUCUCUCUUUAAACCAACAGGAGUGAUCAACCGCUUUUCCUCAAGUGGAAAUCAAGUUGAUAUGGGCAUUGUUCAAAGCUAGUGCAGUGCACUAUAUAGGGAAUAGGGUGUCAUUUGGGACACAGCAACGGUAUGCUCGCCUAUCAUAUAAAUGUGUAAUUGCAGCCAGGUGCCAGGACAAGGUAAAGGCAUGGAUAUCCUUUGAUCACAGCGGUAAAACUAUUUUGUGGCUGAUGAUAGGAUAUAUUACUGUAUGAAUAUAGUAGACCAGGCAUUUUAACGCCUACUUAUAAAACGGCAGACUUCCAGUCUGUGCGCUUAUCUUGCGCUAAUGCUAGUUAACAUUGGCUCGCAAAACAACUUCUAACUUCCUUCAUACUGGACGCAGAGACAUACAAAUGGUAUCCACGAGUUCAUCUGACUCUGGGGAAGUAGAUAAAUGUGGAUGAGACUACCUUCCCUAACCCCCUAUCCCUCCCUACCUACUCCCUUCUUUAGUGUUAUCAUCCUCCAUGGCCUCUACACCCUUCCUCUCCUUCCACUUUAUUUCCCAGUGUAGGAAGCUUGUUCAGAAUGGUGUGUUCACACCAGACCUAGGUUCCAUUAAUAUAAUUUUCCCUUCGAAUACUCAAACUGUGCUUUAUUGAGCUCGCCUAGCACUUUCGGAACCAUAAGUGCAACCCUGUCCAUCUGGCACUCCAGACAGGCCCAAUCCAACGCAUAAAGUAAUUUGAAAGAAGACAUUCUAUUUGAACCCAGGUCUGAUUCGUUCUCACUGCAUGGUCCAAGCAUCCAGCCCUUAACCUUAUCUAGCCUGAUCCCAGAUAUGUGUGUGCUGUCUUGCCAGCUCCUACUGCCAUUGUCACGCCAUGUGUCUGCUGUGACAGAGAUCAUAGGAGUUGGCAAGAUAGGACACACCGAUCUGAGGCUAAUAAACCUCCUCUGACACCGAAAAAGGCUCAUUUGUAGUAUGUGUGACCUUACCUUCCCACCCCCUCCAGAACAGUUAAUAUUUUUGCAUGCUUUAUUGUACUGUAUAUCAAAUUGAGCUCUGACUGAGAAUGUUUAGCCCCAGACCAGACAUAGUGUAUGGCAUAAGACUACAAGUGGAACCAAACUGCACAGUGCAAUCAUACCAAUUGCAGGCUUGUGAAAUUUGUUUAAAGGCAUGUUGUUUAUAUAGCUUGCUUCCAAAAUCUGUAGCCUGGUCCCAGAUCUGUUUGUGCUUUCUUGCCGACUCCUAUGGUCAAUGUCAUGCCAUACAGCACAAACCGAUUUGGGACCAGGCAACCACCAAAAUCUGUCUCUCUUCUCUCUUAACAUGUUUUUCUCCUCCCCUUAUUAACCCUCUGUUCACUCUCCUCCACUGCAUGAUCACACAGGGUCAGUCUUGUGCAUGACUCCUGCUAGCAGCCUUGGUAGGUUCCUUCCUUUCCCUUUUUCAUUCUCUCACAUAUGCUUUUAAAGGUAUAGGGUGAAGUUGCCCCUAGACUCUGAUCUUGGGUCAGUUUUGAAUUUUCCCCACUAAUGUUUAAGGUUAGGAUUGGGGGAGGAGAAGCUGAUCCUAGAUCUGUACCUAGGGGAAACUUCACCAUGGAGCCUCUUUAAAUUGGGGGGAGAGCGGGAGCAGGCCAUAGGCCGGGAGAUGUCAGCGCUUACAGGUGACACAAAGGUCCUGGAUGUUGUGACACAGUGAGAGGCACUGUUGUAGAACAUUGGGCUAGAGUGCAUGACUGUUUUUUACUGAAAUGCUCCACAAAGUGAUGCAAAGUCCUACACGUCAAUUUGAGCUCACCUGUAAGAGAUUAUUCUCAAUUAGGAUUUAAUAUAUUUUGUUACUUAGCUACUUACUGUCUUAUACCCUAAUUAUGAAAUGUGAAGUGUUAUUCUUAUCAUUAUCAGUAUUACUAUUAUUUAAAAAAGUAAUUCGAAAUGAAUUGGUUGUUGAAAAGUUUUUGCUGUUCUGAUUAGGAAAUGUAAUCAGUUUCCCAGAGAAAAAAGAAAGAAGGUGAACACAAUUGGUAGAAAAGCUCUCGAUCUUGAGGGGGCUUUAAUUGUUUUCUAGUUAAUCUCAAUCUUAUAAUACCACUCAUUAUAUCUCACUCAGUCCUCUCUGGGAACAACUGAUUGUCGGGCCAAAUUUCCUUACUUGUGAUUAUAAUCAGCUUUUUCUUCUCUUUCUUUUCUCCCAUGCUUUCUCUCGCUUUUGCAUUGUGAUGCGCACGCCUUCUGCUGGGCUAACCUAACGAUGGCUCGCCCCUCUCUGUAAUAUGCAUCAUGCCCAAAAACAACAACCAAACAAUCAACACCCGUUGCCAUGGUUACUACACUGCCUCCACUGCCUAACUGUUCAUUGCUUCCAUGGUCCCCCCCCCCCCUUCCGAAAAAGUACCCAUGAUGUACAGUGCUACGCCUGCUACUAUCUCUGCAGCAACAACUCCUGCCACAAGUGUCCCCUACGCAGCAGCAGCGCCAGCCAAUCAGGUUUGCUCAUUU